AGUGUGAAAUGCUUUGUUGGGUGGAUUCACUUUCAACUCCUUAUCACGGUCACAGGGUUACAGUGUAACCAGCUCAUCUUUAACCAUGCCCAGAAGUAUGUAUGUGCUAUAAUUGCAGGAAUCCCUGCACAGGGAAAAACGAUAUGCAAAUCCCAAUGAUGAACAAUGUCUGUCUGUUAGAGAUUUUUAACCUCUUGUGCAUCUUCUUCAGAAAAUUUUCUUGACUUUUUCUUCUGAGUCUUCACCUUCCUCCUCACUUUCCAUGCUCACACCUGGAUCUUUCCACCUCUUCCAUCUCAAGCUUCAGACAUAUUCAAACAUUUAUGUUACUGCUAUCAGGUUUUUACAUUGAAAGAUUGUGUUUUGUUCAAAGUUCAGUUCACCUCUGAAGAGAGGUGAAAGACAAAGUGUUUAGAAAGUGUGUGUGGGUGCUGUGCCUGUUGUUAAAGUCUAAACUACCAUUCCUUUUACUCCUACUGUUCCCUCUCAUUCUUAGUAUUCUCUUGUUCUUCUCUCUCUAUAUGCCCUCUCCAACUCAGUCAUGUAGUCCCUCCUGCCUGCUCUCUCUUUGAGUUGGAACUUGGAACAUUCCCUUCUUGGACCUCCCAAUUCCCAUUGUCUGGUUUUGGUCCUCUGCAUUUUUUGCUUUCUCUUUCCAAAGUACCCCAUCUGCAUUCUUGAAUCAUCUCUUCAAGAGAAAACUGAGAAACUCCACUAUAGCAAGCAAACGAACAAAGUUCUCCCUUUUAAUCUUCUCUGUUCAAAGGAAUGAUCUAAGAAAAUUAACAAUCUUCUCUCUCUGUCUGUCUCCAUCUCUCCCCCUGACCAUGUUAAGUCAAAAACAGUCAAAGAGAGACUGUGUUUCAAGGUGUUGAGUGUGGUUCACAUAAAAAACAUUAAUAAUGCCAAAAACCACCGUGACUGAUCUCCUUCAUCUCCUUCUCCUCCUCCUCCUCUCCACCAUACCGACCACCACUUCCGUUCACUACCACCGCCACCUCCUCCACCAACCUUUUAUUCCUCAAACCUCCCCCCCACCAACCUACCCCCCCUCUUCUUCCCCAUUUCUCUCCCCACAACCCCAACCUCAUCACAACCAACAACAACAAGAACAACAACCCAAAUAUCCUUUCUCCACAACUCCCCCUUCCACGCCUCAAAAUCCUUUCUUUCCUUCCUUCCCUUCCCCUCCACCCCCUCCUCCACCUUCCACUCUCCCAACUUUUCCCGCCAACAUCUCCUCCCUGCUCAUACCCCGCUCUCCAUCUCCCUCAUCCCACCGCCACCACCUCCUCCUCAUCUCUCUUUCGUCCUCCCUCCUUUUGGCCGCCAUCAUCCUCUCUAUCGCCGCCCUCACUCUCUUCCUCCGCCAUCGCAGCCACCAAAACACCUCGUCAGACGACAAAGCUUCUCGUUCAGACUCCCUCCGCUUAUUCCCUCCCAACAUUUCCCCAUCAGAUGCCUCCCAAAAGCCACCACCUCCACAACCACCGCUCCAACCGCCACGUUAUGUCUCAACCAACCGCAGCUCAGAGUUUCUCUACUUAGGCACCCUUGUAAACUCUAGAGUAGACCCAGAAAAAACAACCCAUUCUAGCAAUGGAGGUAUCAGGCUGGGAGUUACAUCUUCUCCUUAUCAAAAACUUGGCUCUCCAGAGCUAAAACCAUUGCCACCAUUGCCUAAAGUACAAACUUUUCAAAGUGGAGAGCAGUUUCUCCAAAAUGAACAAACCGGUAGUUUUGAAAACAAUGUUGAAGAUGAAGAAGAGGAGUUUUUUUCGCCUAGAGGGUCUUCAGGCAGAAGAGAGAGUCCACCACGAGGUCCACCAGCAAGAAUAGGAUCAAGUUCAAGGAGGGAGUUUCGAGGUGAGAACUUUGGGAGUAGAAGCUUCAACUCAAGAACUGCUUCUUACCCUUAUUCCAACUCUUGUUCACCUACAAAUUCAUUCUUGAACUCAAGUCCGUUGAGUCAGAGAUCCAAGUCUCCAGAUACUGUUGUUCCCAUCUAUACAGUGAGAAUCAAAACCCCUUCUUCAACUUCAGCUUCAUCUACAAGGUUAUCUUCGUCUUCUUCAGAAAGGGAUUCACCGGAUAGAGGUUCAAGUCUUUCGGGGCAGAACACGGAAUCUCCAUCAAGGAUUGCGCUUAGGAAGCUGCCACCGCCACCUCCUCCUCUUCCUCCACCGCGUUUUUGGGAGGUUCCUGUUGCAGUGAAGGCUGUUUCCGAGACUAAUCCAGGGGGACCUCCGGUUCUUGUUGCGCCUUCCAGGCCAGUGGUGUUGCAAAAUUUGGCUGUGAAUGAGCAGCCAAAGAAGAAUGAGGGCUUAGGGAGCAGUGAGGAGACCCCGAAACCGAAAUUGAAGCCUUUGCAUUGGGAUAAAGUUAGAGCGAGUUCGGAUCGGGCCAUGGUGUGGGAUCAGAUAAAAGCAAGCUCUUUUCAAUUGAAUGAAGAAAUGAUUGAGACACUGUUUAUGGUGAAUAAUUCAAAUUUGGCCACAAAAGACAAUGGUCGCCGGCAGAUUCUGCCCUCUGUGAAUCACGAAAAUCGUGUGCUUGAUCCAAAGAAGUCUCAGAACAUUGCAAUUUUAUUGAGGGCACUGAAUGUGACCAUUGAUGAAGUCUGUGAAGCACUUAUGGAAGGCAAUUCAGACACACUUGGGACAGAGCUCCUGGAAAGCUUAUUAAAGAUGGCUCCAACCAAAGAAGAAGAGCAUAAGCUGAAGGAUUUCAAAGAUGAAUCACCUUUUAAGCUAGGUCCCGCCGAGAAAUUCCUGAAAGCGGUGCUUGACAUACCUUUUGCCUUCAAGAGGGUUGAUGCAAUGCUUUACAUUGCUAAUUUUGACUCUGAAAUUGAGUAUCUGAAGAGAUCUUUUGAAACUUUAGAGGCUGCUUGUGGAGAGUUGCGAAACAGCAGAAUGUUUCUGAAGCUUUUAGAGGCAGUGCUCAAAACUGGGAACCGCAUGAAUGUUGGCACCAAUCGCGGCGAUGCCCAUGCCUUCAAGCUUGACACGCUCUUAAAGCUUGUUGAUGUAAAGGGCACUGAUGGGAAAACCACACUUUUGCAUUUUGUUGUGCAGGAAAUUAUCAGAGCUGAAGGUUCUCACCUUUCUGGUGCCAAUCAGAAUCUGAAAGCUGAGAAAAUUCAGCGAUCGGAUAUUCAGGAUGAUGUUGAAUUUAGGAAGCUCGGACUGCUAGUUGUUUCUGGGCUGAGUGGGGAGCUCACUAAUGUGAAGAAGGCUGCUGCUAUGGAUUCAGAUGUUCUCAGUAUUGAGGUGGCAAAACUUGCUAGUGGUAUCCCUAAAAUCAGAGAAGUUAUAAAAUUAAAUGAAGAGAUUGCGUUAAAAGACAGUAGGCGCAAAUUCUCUGAGUCAAUGAAUGAGUUCCUGAAGAAGACGGAGGAAGAGAUUGUAAGGAUCCAAACCCAAGAGAGAGUUGCUCUCUCUAUGGUGAAGGAGAUAACAGAGUAUUUCCAUGGGAACUCGGCUAAGGAAGAAGCUCAUCCUUUCAGGAUUUUUAUGGUUGUAAGGGACUUCCUUUCUAUUCUUGAUCAAGUCUGCAAGGAAGUUGCAAAGGUCAAUGAGAGAACAAUAUACAGCUCGGUGCGUCCAUUGCCAAAUCCUACCCAUCUACCAGUUUUUCCUGGACUCAACGUAAGGCAGCAUUAUGGUUCCUCCGACGAUGAAAGCUCCUCAUCCUCAUCUUAGCUCCUGAUCAGUGCCUCACAUCUGCAUAUCUAAGCAGGUUAAAUUUCAGAAUGCAGCAGGCAGUGCAAAUGCGCUUGUGCGUAAAUCUCAACAUAUAUAUAAUGUAAUCUCUUUUUUGUUGGUUAAAUUUGUACUUAAAUAUAUUGACUUACAGGAUUUUGGAAGCUGUUUUGCUCUAUGUAAUAUACGGGAGGAAGUUAUAUCAGGAGGUAA